GUCGAUCAUUUCAACCUGAUCCGUCCGCGAACCCUCGACGCCGAAAGACAAAAUCUCCCAGCUAGCGUGACGGACGCUACCGAUGGACGAUGGCAACGAGAGUGCGAAGCUUUGAGAGGUGCAUGGCGAGAACAGGGCUUCCCAUAGUCAGCUUAUCAUAGUAAAUUGCGAGAAGCGUAGAGUUGUGCGGAGCUACAAUAGCAGGAGUAGUGACAAAUACUUCCUCACGCUAUAGUAACAAGUAUUUAUUAGAUGUUCA